UUUCAGUAUUUCCACACAUGGACGCACAGAGAGUUUCAACACGGUAACAUCCUUCCGAGUUUGGGAUCUCACUGUGCCUCAAGCAGAUUUCUUAGUUUCUAGGAGAAAAAAACUCACACUAAUAAUACAAAGACCAGUCUAGAAGUGAUUGCUUUGCAUGCUUAUAUUGUAAAAUGAGGGAAAUCUUUUGGGUUGAGAGACAGGAGAGUUCAGUGUCCCUGUUGCUGUUCCAGCUGACGCUGUGCAGGCUCCGCACACACCAGUGGUGCUUCAUCCUCUGCAAUGUGCUGCUCUUCCACCUGCUGCUCUUCGGGGCAGAUUUACUGGAGCAAUAUUUCCUGCAGUCCCUGCCCCUCUCCUACACCGAUGCUAAGGCUCUGGAGAUCAGGGACAGGGCCAGGAAGCUGGAUCUGGAUCCUCUGGAGGCCAACCUCUCUUCCAGCAGCAGCAGUGCAGUGACCUGCUCCAACCAGGAGAUAUUCCUGCUCAUUGUUGUGUGCAGCAGCCCGGAGAACAGGACAAGGCGUGACGCCAUCAGGCAGACCUGGGGCAACGCCACGGCCUCCAGGGCUUACAGUGUGCUCACUGUGUUUGCUGUAGGGAAGGCAGCCUCAGCAAGCACCCAGCUGGAGAUCCAGGAGGAGGCCCAAAGGCACAGAGACAUUAUUGAGGGCAGUUUCAUCGAUUCCCCCCAGACACAGACACAGAAGAUGCUGAUGAGCGUGGAGUGGACGGUGAUUUUCUGUCCCCGUGCCAGGUUCAUCCUUCACACAGCCCAGGACGUGUUUGUGGGUGUUCCCAGCCUGGCUGGCUACCUGCUGAGCUUAACCCAGCAGGAGGACAUCUACCUGGGCAGGGUGGUUCACCGUGCAGUGCCCGACAGGGACCCCCAGAGCCCCGGCUUUGUCCCCAUCCAUCUGUACCCCCAGCAGUUCUACCCGGAUUUCUGCCACGGCAGCGCUUUCCUCCUGUCCCAGGACGCGGCCCGCAAGGUUUUCGUGGCUGCCAGGGAGGUGCCCCUGGCACUGCCCCCCGCUGCCUUUGUAGGGGUCUGUGCCAAGAGAGCUGGCAUCAGUGCCAGGCACAGCUCCCGCUUUGCUGGGAACAAGCACAUCAGCUACAACCCCUGCUGCUACAAAUUCAUUUUCACCUCUUCUGCCAUGAGGGAGGACGAGCUAUUUACGGACUGGAAGGAAACGAGCGAUGGGGAGGAUUGCUCCCUACUGGAAACCUACUACAGCCUGGUGUCCUGCAAGGUUCUGACCUACAUUGAGAACUUCAAACAGUUCAGCUUGGACAGGAUAAAAAAUGAGCUCCUUCAUUUUGUCAAUUAAUGCUUAACUCCUGCAUGAAGAGGCUGGAUUUUCUUUCAUCAUCUGUGUUAUCCUGUACAAAGGAUGCCCUCCCAAAGUUUGCUCUUUUCCCUUCAGCAGCAAAUGGAUUCUCACUGUUACAGUGUGACAGAGCAGAACUGGAUGUCCUCUGCCUCUCUAAGUACCUACAAGUGCAUGCAUGGAAUUAAAAAAGGAUAUUCCAGCAGACUUGUCUAUAUCCAUGGCUUUUCACACUUUUCAGUCUUCAAAACUCCUUUUUUAUGUGAGUGAGGCAUCACCUACUUCCAAAGAAUUCUGGAACAAAGGGGAAGCUUUCCAUGCACAAAAGGAGCUGCUUCUGAGCAGGCUGGUUCAGAGGGAAACAGAGCAGCUCCAGCAGGAACAGACACUGAGCCAUCAUGGAAAUUCCUCAAGUAAAGCUGUUUGUUAACAUCCAUCAAAUGACAAGGUUUGGUUUGGGAUUUUUGGGUUUUUGAAACCAAAUGUUACCUCAGC